GAAAAAUCCAGAAAUAAAUGAAAAAAAAGUUUCAAUCAAUUUGGAGGGAAAAUUCGGAACGAUUUUUGAUCUUUUGGAUUAACUUUUGCGCCUUUAAUCGUAAUUUUACUUGUUUGGAAUUUUAUGUGACCUUUGCCUUGUUUUUCAUAACGAUUUAAUUAACGUUUGAAAGUAUUACAUUCUGCUAGUGUGUCGAUUGAUUCGAGUAUUUUAGUGUUUUUGAUAACCACAUCGUUGAUUCAUCUUUCAUCUCGCAUAACUUGUCUCAUUUCAUAAAUACUUUCAUUGUGCUUGUCAUUUCAGUCAAUUAUAAUCUGCCAUUAUAGUGAUUUGUAUCUUUUGUUCCUUUACUCGAAUCCGUGCUUGUACGUGCAUGAAUUGGUUUCCGCUUAAUUUAUGAAAAUUAGUUCAAUCGGUAUAAAUGGCUAAAGUUCAAGUAUGCAACGUCAAUGUGCUGAAUAAUCCUUCUCCUUUCAACAGUCCCUUUCAGUUUGAACUGACAUUCGAAUGUAUCGAAGAAUUACAAGAAGAUUUAGAAUGGAAAAUGAUAUACGUAGGUUCUGCAGAAAGCGAACAAUAUGAUCAAGUAUUAGACACAAUUUAUGUUGGCCCUAUUCCGGAAGGAAGGCACAUGUUUGUAUUCGAAGCCGAUCCACCGGAUGCAACAAAAAUUCCCGUUGCUGAUGCCAUCGGCGUAACCGUUGUAUUACUAACGUGUUGUUAUAAAAAACAAGAGUUUGUCCGUGUAGGAUAUUUCAUCAAUAACGAGUAUAAUGAUCCAGAAAUGAAAGAAAAUCCUCCCGCAGUGCCGGAAUUUGACAAAGUUACUAGAAACAUACUUGGAACUGAACCACGUGUCACCAGAUUUAAAAUCAAUUGGGACGAUUCGGAAAAUGGACAAGCUGAUCCAUCAAAUGAUACAACACCUUUGAUAUUUAAUGAAAGCAGUUGCAGUCAAACCGCAAUGGAGGUGUCGUAAUUUUUAUCCAAUUUCUUUUGUAUUGUGUAUAGGCGGGUAAAUUGAUCGCUCGUGUUUAUGUUGGUCGUGUUUUUAAUUUUUAUCAUUUCAGUAAAUCCUGUUUUGAUGGGAAUCAUUUUACAAUUUUUCUUUGAUCAAAUUUCAUUGUUGUGUCCGAAUAAGUUCUGAAACUUUUCAAUUCUAAAAUCGAAGAAACUGUUGUAUGUUGUUAUUAUUACUGAGUAAAUCAUGUUAUACUAAAAGUAUUAUCUAUCGAAAAAUGCCUGCGUUCGUUUUGACGACCUCUCUCCGUCUCCCAACAUAGUUUAAUUUCUACUCAGCUGAUAUAUUGUACGACAAAUGAUCGGAUUUUGAGGGAUAGGGUUUCAGGUAAUGAACUGCAGGAGAAUUUGUUUUUAAAGAAGAUUUUGUACUUGUAUUAUGUAUUUUUUGAUAGGUAAUGUAACUAACAAUCUAGUGUUUUUCAAAGUUUAACCAUUUUAAACAAGCUUUAAUUGUAUUCAUUUUGGAAUGUUCGACUGUUAAGUUAAUCUAAAUAUGAUUUGCUGAAUGUAUUGAAUUAUUUAUCAUCCAUCACUUGUGCGAACAUCGUGAAUGGAGUUAUAUAAGUUCUGUGUGAAUAAUGUUAUCAUUGGCGUAAGAUAAUGUAGUUUGAUAUAAAAAUAUAAUUUCUUAGCUUUU